CAAUUUUGGUAACCGUAGUCAACGUCGAUAUCUCGAGGGCAGAUGAAGGAAGGCCAAAGGAACGUUUAUAACGCUCAGCACCAGCGGUUGCCAUUCGUUCGCCUUAUGGUUCUCCCAUUUAAAUUUGGUUUAAAUCCAGUUCACUAGUUCUCCGAACACUCCACAAGACCAUCCUUCUCCCCCAAUGAACCAGCUUUUCGUAUGGCGCCAACUUCUUCAGCUCGAUGCCGUCAAGUCCCAUCUGCAGGAAACUAGUGUUAUUGCGAUAAUCGCCCUCGUGUUAGCGUUUGCAUGGUAUCGACGCCGUCGUGGACAGCCUCAAGUUCGCUCGAGUUCAGUGCAAGGAGAGAAAUCGAGAACUGGGAAAGAGAACGCCGAACGGGAAUGGGGUGAAUGGACCCCUGUGAAGUUCACUUACCCAGAGUUCCCAGCGUGUACUUCGAAUCUAUCAGACAUCAAACCUAUACCAUACAGGCCAUUCCGCUGGGGACAGUAUCAGUCAGUCCAUAUCAAGGAUGCCACCGAUGGGAGUACUGAGUCGUAUUUGGCGUUUGCAGUGUUACGAUGGGCGUUCGAGAUAUGCUUUGGGCAGACUGGAUUGAGCUGGACAAUGAUUUUCCGACCUAUUACGCAAUUCGAAACCAUCGCCUACAUUCUCAGGGCGAAAACGUUCUUCGCCUCUUGCCCGAUAGGCCUGGCGUCGUGCAAUCUGCAAGGCAUGCUGCCGUGGAAUUAGCUCAUGAAUUAUCCGACUUUGUAACGAAACGAUAUCCAUCGACCUUUACGGCCACUCGCGAUAGUUCCGGUAUUAUCAAGACGAUGAAUAUCCACCCGAUGAACGUGCAUUUGGAACUACCUCCUUCGUUGCUCAAAGACCCAUCCAAGCUGGUACUUCGAGAAGUCGGUCAGGAAGAAGCUGAGGAGGCCAUGAGAAUAGCUGCUCUCCUUGUUCAGGACGAUCUCGCGUUGAUGAUCGAAGGUACCGACGGCAGGUACUACUUCCAGGGAGGAGCGAUAUGUGUUCCAGGAUUUUGGCGUAUGCGGGACAAGAUUGGUCUGCCCCUCGAUGAAAUCCAUACUACUGGACACGUACCUCAAUUUCAAGAGAAGCUACAAAACAGCUUAGAACGAUUCUUCAAGCGAUUAUCUGUUCAAAAACCGGUUAUCCGAAACAACUACUUCAUGCAGAUCGUCAAACCCGAGAACAUGCGUCGCAACGGCACCGUCCCGACUGACAUUCCACCUCGAAAAGAAGAUGAGGAUCUUAUUGACCCUCUUGAGCUGUCCUGGUCAACCACCACGAACGGAAACGAAGAUAACUUUGUUCACGGACGUCCAGCUCACCCAGAUGCUGAACCGAUUGUCGAACCAGGGAACCUACAGCUCCGAACUGAGAGGCAGACACUGCGAAGGCUUCCGUUGAGCGGAGCUAUCGUUUUUACGAUCCGAACGUAUUUGAUUCCUCUCACCGAGUUGGGGAAAGAGCCCGGUGUGCCUGCGAGGUUGGCUAGUGCGGUGAGAAGUUGGCCAGAAGGGAUUGGGAGGUAUAAGGGGAGAAAGAAUUAUGAGCAGGUGUUGUUGGAGUAUUUGGAUACGUGUGCGGAAGAGCAGAGACGGGUCGGGGGGGAGUUGGAUAACCAUCAAGGGAGAGGAUAUCCGUUUUGAGGGUUGCCUUGAAUCUUUUGUGCCUGUAGUUGUCAAUGUAGAGUGCCUUUUCAUGCUAUCGUUUGGGUUGGUAGCUGCUUGAACCCGAGCACAUCCACAUUUUCCUACUUUUCUGUUCG